AGAGCUGGUGCUGCACCCGCCGUCUGCCCCCGUCCCCCCGCACCCUUCCUUUCUGGGUCCCCUCUCUGACGCAGCUCAGACCCCAGUUCUGGGAGUCUGCCGCUCUCCUCCCGCGGUCGGAGGGCAGACCCUGGUGUCCUUGGGAGCGGCGUGCUGCCCUGUCGCGGGAUGCAGAGGGAGUGCUCGCCCGGGUCCUCGAGUCCCCGCGAGCCCGGCUCCGCCGCCCCCGGCCGCGCCGCGCUCCCGCCCCUGCCCACCCCGGCCGCGCUGUCAGUCUGCAUUAGCGCUAACAGGCUCCAGACGGAGCGGGCCGGGCGCUGGGCUAAUGCAAUCGGCGCGUUACCUGGGGCGCAGGCUACAUUACCAGCCCGGCCCCCGCCCGGCGCGGCCAGAGCCAGCCAGCCCGCGCCCCGCCGGUCGCCCCGCGCCUCCAGCGCUUCCCCGGCCGCGCCCGAGCGCCACGCGGCGGAGCUCAGCCCCGGGCCGCGCCCCAGAGCCCGGCAAGGCGCGGCGGGUCGGGGGCAGGCAGGGCGCACGGCACCCGGGACAGCCUCGCCGCCGGACACAGGCUCGGCGUGCCCUGGGGACCAAUGAAGUCCCUCUCGCCAGCCGCACCCAUGCUUCUGGCGCGGAUGAACCCGCAGGUGCAGCCCGAGAACAGCGGGGAGGACCUGGCGCCCGAGCAGCCCCUGCGGGCGCGCAAAACCGCCGAGCUGCUGGUGGUGAAGGAGCGCAACGGCGUCCAGUGCCUCCUGGCACCCCGCGGCGGCGACGAGCAGCCCAGGGAGACCUGGGGCAAGAAGAUCGACUUCCUGCUGUCAGUGAUCGGCUUCGCGGUGGACCUCGCCAACGUGUGGCGCUUUCCCUACCUCUGCUACAAGAACGGCGGCGGUGCCUUCCUGAUCCCCUACACCCUGUUCCUCAUCAUCGCAGGGAUGCCCCUGUUCUACAUGGAGCUGGCGCUGGGACAGUACAACCGGGAAGGGGCAGCCACCGUGUGGAAGAUCUGCCCAUUCUUCAAAGGAGUCGGCUACGCUGUGAUCCUGAUCGCCAUCUACGUCGGCUUCUACUACAACGUCAUCAUUGCCUGGUCGCUCUACUACCUCUUCUCCUCUUUCACCCUCAACCUGCCCUGGACUGACUGUGGCCAUCCCUGGAACAGCCCCAACUGCACCGACCCCAAGCUCCUCAACGGCUCCGUGCUGGGCAACCACACCAAGUACUCCAAGUACAAGUUCACGCCGGCAGCAGAGUUUUACGAGCGUGGCGUCCUGCACCUGCACGAGAGCAGCGGCAUCCACGACAUCGGCCUGCCCCAGUGGCAGCUCCUGCUCUGCCUGUUGGUUGUCGUCGUCGUCCUGUACUUUAGCCUCUGGAAAGGAGUGAAGACGUCAGGAAAGGUGGUGUGGAUCACGGCCACGCUGCCGUACCUGGUGCUGUUCGUGCUCCUGCUUCACGGCAUCACGCUGCCCGGCGCCUCCAACGGCAUCAACGCCUACCUGCACAUCGACUUCUACCGCCUAAAAGAGGCCACGGUGUGGAUCGAUGCUGCAACUCAGAUAUUUUUCUCCCUGGGGGCUGGAUUUGGAGUCCUGAUUGCGUUUGCCAGUUACAACAAAUUCGACAACAACUGCUACAGGGACGCCCUGCUGACCAGCAGCAUCAACUGUAUCACCAGCUUCAUCUCUGGGUUCGCCAUCUUCUCCAUCCUGGGGUACAUGGCCCACGAGCACAAGGUCAACAUCGAGGACGUGGCCACUGAAGGAGCCGGUUUAGUGUUCAUCCUGUAUCCAGAAGCCAUUUCUACCCUGUCUGGAUCUACAUUCUGGGCUGUCGUGUUUUUCAUCAUGCUCUUGGCCCUGGGCUUUGACAGCUCCAUGGGAGGCAUGGAGGCUGUCAUCACGGGCCUGGCCGAUGACUUCCAGAUCCUAAAGCGACACCGGAAACUCUUCACAUUUGGAGUCACCUUUGGCACCUUCCUCCUGGCCCUGUUUUGCAUCACCAAGGGCGGAAUCUACGUGGUGACUCUGCUGGACACCUUUGCGGCGGGCACCUCCAUCCUGUUUGCUGUGCUCAUGGAAGCCAUCGGCGUCUCCUGGUUUUACGGUGUGGACAGGUUCAGCAACGACAUCCAGCAGAUGAUGGGGUUCAAGCCGGGCCUGUACUGGAGACUGUGCUGGAAGUUCGUCAGCCCUGCCUUCCUCCUGUUUGUGGUGGUGGUCAGCAUCGUCAACUUCAAGCCACUCACCUACGACGACUACAUCUUCCCGCUCUGGGCCAACUGGGUCGGCUGGGGCAUCGCCCUGUCCUCCAUGGUCCUGGUCCCCGUGUACGUCGUCUACAAGUUCCUCAGCACGCGGGGCUCCCUUCGGGAGAGACUGGCCUAUGGCAUCACACCGGAGAACGAGCACCACCUGGUGGCCCAGAGGGACAUCAGGCAGUUCCAGCUGCGACACUGGCUGGCCAUCUGAGCCUGGCCUGCGGAGGAGGAGCCCCACCUGCCCACGUCCAGGCCAAAGGCGUCUGCUUCGCUCGAGCCCCGGACGCUGUCCCGGGACCCCUCUCCCGGGAGGUGCCCUUUUCCGACGCCUCCUUCCUCUUUUCCCAGUUACGAAAUGAUUUAGUGACUCUGGUUUUUGUUCACCUUCUGUUCAUCUGGCCUGAGGGCCGUGGGCUUGGAGGAUGGCUGAGAGGAGGAGAGGAGGGAGCAGGACAGACGAUUUCUGUCGGGCCCUUCUGUUUUGGGGAGUCUCCCCCUCUGGGAGCCCGCCCAGGCUGAGGUCCACGGCUUGGGCAAAAUUCCCCACUGCGUUCGCUUGUACUUUGGAUCACAGAAGAGAUUCUCAGUCCACCAGAUCAGAGAGAGGAUGGGCUCUGAGUCAGACACCAAAAAAAAAAAAAAAUCAAAAACCAAACGAACAGCCCAGCUCAUUUAGUGAGGGGCGAGCUCAGACUUCCCCUCCCUGGCUCACCCCAGUCAGAGCUCUGGGGUCUGAACGUCAGUCUGGGAGUUUGGGUUCCUUUGUCCCUAAAAUGAAGUCAGUGGGUAGAUGCUUUGGGGGGUCUUGAGCAGAAACCGUCACAGUUAAUUUUCACUCUGGCUAAUUUGAGUUUGAUUUGUGCGUGUUCUGGAACAUUCUUCUGGCUUCUCGUGGUCAGACGGUCCGGAGCUGUGGGUGUCGAGGGGAGGGGUGUCAAUGGGCCGCGGCGAGCAGGUGCUGCGACGGCCCCUGAGUCGGGCCGGCUGGCGGCCACCGGCCGGGCAGGAGCCCAGAGGCCCAUCCGCGGCCCCUGAGACCCGCCGGGGGCACCUUGGGCAGGGACCCAGGGCGCCAGAUGUGUGUCUGCACCCGGGGACUCUACGCUGUCCCCGUGGGGCCAGGUGGGUGCCCGCGGGCAGCCUGGCAGGUGUUGUGUUUAUUUAUUGUUCAUGGAAGCCUGCAAAGCCUUUCCCCCGGAACCCUGCCCGGCGGCCCAGGGCGCAUGCGCAGUAUCCGCGCGGGUGGCCGGCGUCUGGGUUACUCCCCACGCAGGCGCGCGGUGCUGCCCCCUGGCGGUGCUGGCGGGGAGUUUGGUUCAGUAAGAGAAACGGGUCGUGGUUUGCUAAGUUGGUGGCAUCUUUUAGGGGUUUCUGUUUACGGUUUGAGUCUGUUAUGCCUUGUUGGGAAGGACUGUGGGAGCCCCUGCUGCAGAAUCUUGGGCCAAGAUAAGAGGGGCCACUGCACUGACACCGGGACUGUGGGGAGACGCAUCGAGAAGGCACUUUGCCUAAAACUAGGAUGUCGCUGAGCCGGAAGGAUCCUGUAGGAGGAGGGCAAGCCGGGGGCAGGGAGCUGGUGGUGUCUCUGGUGGCCCAGAGAUUGCCUCUGAAUCACGGUCCUCAGGUCACUGAUUGGAGAAAAGAGGGACAAUCAGGAGACUUUUGAUCUGUCCAUAUACAAAUGUCAGCUGAAGGCCUGAGACGGCCAAGUGGCAGGUGUCAUAGAGCCUUGUGAAAGGUGAGGCCCAAGCAUCCAAUCAGGUGAGGG